AUGCUGAUUGGCUUGUGUGGAGGAAUAUGCUCAGGCAAGCACGCCAUCGCAGAUUACCUCAUUGAACAUCAAGAGUUCCAACUCCUGGAGUUGAACAACAAAAACUACCCUCGGAUAACUGAUAACCCAGAAGACGAUCUUCGGUUACAAGCUUCGGAACUCAGCAACAAGAGGAAUUCGGAAUUCUUAUUCGACAGCGUCGAAUCCCUCCUAGACUUUGCAACGAAAAGAUGGAGGGAGCGCUGGGUCACAACGGAUAUCUGGGAUGCUGCGACCAUAGAGCGUUUUCUUCAACGACCAUUUUUCCUCCUAGUGAGCGUUGAUGCGCCAGUUAGUCUUCGGUGGAAGCGCUUCACAGAUAGGUGUCGAAGGAGACAGCUUGAUCCUCCUCCGCUUGAAAGAUUUGUUAUAUGGAACGAUCGGCACCUUUACGAUAAAGAAAUCGGACGCGCCUAUCUGACGGAUCGUGCGCAAAUGCGACUGUUCAACUCAUGCUCUUCUUUGGAGGAACUGCAUGCUGCUCUAGAAGCCUUGAAUCUCGCUGAUGAGCAACGUCUACGUCCAAAUUGGGACCAGUAUUUCAUGCAACUAGCUUCACUCGCCGCGCAGAGAAGCAAUUGCAUGAAGAGAAGAGUGGGCUGUGUGCUCGUUAGGGAGCGUCGUGUAAUCAGCACCGGAUACAAUGGGACUCCUCGGCAUCUUACCAACUGCAACGAAGGUGGAUGUCCACGGUGCAACCGUGGAGAAGGAGGAGGUGUUGGUCUAUCAACAUGCCUUUGCCUUCAUGCCGAAGAGAACGCUUUGUUGGAAGCAGGCCGAGAGCGUAUACGUGAAGGCUCAAUACUCUAUUGCGAUACAUGCCCUUGCUUGACUUGUACAGUCAAGAUCGCUCAAGUCGGUAUAUCGGAAGUCGUGUAUUCCCAAGGAUACAAUAUGGACCAAGAAAGUGCUGCGAUCUUGAAAGCUGCUGGAGUAUGUCUGAGACAGUUUUCCCCGCCUCGAAACGGCCUCAUCUAUCUCCAAAAUUCUCAGAACGUUGCUUCGGAUUUGCCAUUGAUCAUCAGUCUUUCCGUAUUGAAGUACAGCACCUUAUCUUACGGCUUGAGGUACCGGACUGCCGCCAUGCCGACUGUUCACCUGCUCGAUUAUGUCGCGGGAAAUGUCCGCUCGUUGGUGAAUGCGAUCAACAAAGUUGGGUUCGAUGUUGAAUGGAUCAAGUCCCCGGCCGAUAUUAAAAAUGCCGAUAGACUCAUGGUACCCGGAGUUGGCCAUUUCGGCCAUUGCCUCUCUCAGCUUUCCGAAGGUGGCUUCCUGGAACCGAUCAGACAGCACAUAGAGCUGGGGAAGCCCUUUAUGGGUAUAUGUGUUGGUCUGCAGGCGCUUUUCGAGGGUUCUGAAGAAGAUUCUGACACCCCCGGAUUGGGGCUGAUCCCACAACGAAUGCAGAAAUUCAACGCUGACACGAAGAGCGUGCCUCACAUAGGCUGGAAUUCUGCUAUGAAUACAACCUCUGAGCGGCAAACUUUCUAUGGGUUGAACCCGAACAGCAAAUAUUACUACGUCCAUUCCUUCGCAGCUCUCUACAAGGCCGGCGUAUUAGAGAACGAAGGCUGGUCAGUUGCUACGGCCACGUACGGUGAUGAAGAAUUUAUUGGCGCCAUUGCUCGGGAAAACGUCUUUGCAACGCAGUUUCAUCCAGAGAAAAGCGGACAAGCUGGAUUACGGACUCUCCGUGCGUUCUUGAAUGGUGACAAAUACCAGCCAAUCGGAACGGAGGGUCUGGAGGCAGGAAAGAGGGAAGACGGGUUGACCCGCAGGAUCAUCGCCUGUCUUGAUGUCCGUACGAAUGAUGCUGGUGAUCUGGUCGUCACGAAAGGUGAUCAAUACGAUGUGCGAGAGAAGGUCGGCGUGGACGCAGGAGGUCAGGUAAGAAAUCUGGGGAAGCCGGUUGACAUGGCAAAGAGGUAUUACGAGCAAGGGGCGGACGAGGUCACCUUCCUCAAUAUCACGUCUUUUCGGAAUUGCCCGCUCGUAGAUACCCCAAUGUUGGAAAUAUUGAGAAGAACGUCGGAGACCGUCUUUGUUCCUCUGACAAUUGGAGGCGGUAUCAAGGACACUAUCGAUCCUGACGGGACUCACAUUUCUGCUCUGGACGUUGCUACAAUGUAUUUCAAGUCUGGGGCCGAUAAAGUCAGCAUUGGAUCGGAUGCAGUCAUUGCAGCUGAGGAGUACUACCAUCGCGGCGAAAAGCUUACUGGAAAAACUGCCAUCGAGACAAUUUCGAAGGCUUAUGGAAACCAAGCUGUGGUUGUGAGUGUUGACCCCAAGCGCGUUUAUGUCACAAGCCCGGAUGACACCGAGCACCACACGAUCAAAACGAAGUACCCGAACGCUAGCGGCCAGACUUAUUGCUGGUAUCAGUGCACAAUCAAGGGUGGCAGAGAAAGUCGUGAUAUUGACGUCCGACAGCUAGUGAAGGCUGUUGAGGCCAUGGGUGCUGGCGAAAUUCUACUGAAUUGUAUCGACAAGGACGGAAGUAACAGUGGAUUUGACUUGGAGUUGAUCAACGAUGUCAAGGCUGCUAUCAAAAUCCCUGUCAUUGCUUCAAGUGGCGCUGGCGUGCCAAAGCAUUUCGAAGAUGUUUUCCGAUAUACAGCCACCGAUGCGGCAUUAGGUGCUGGAAUGUUCCACCGUGGCGAGUUUACUGUUGGGCAGGUCAAGGAACACCUUCGGAACGAGGGUUUUCUAGUCCGCAACUUCGAAAGCGACGAAUGA